CCGGUCGACGCCUGAAGUCGCAGAAGAAGGGAAGUUUCUUCGCCAUUGGUGCUGUUGGAAUCCUUGUCAACGCCAUUAUCCUUUGUAUAUUUUGCCUUUGGGUUAUUCCAUUCCAAAAUCCAGUUUCAUCCAGCUUGUUCAUGAUGCAACUCAGCAACGACGGACACUGCAAAAAGCACUCGCUGCUCAACGUCAUGAACCGCUUCAUGGCCGCUGCAAACAACAUGGACGAGACCAUCAUGGUGCCAAGCUUAUUGCGGGACGUGCCUCUUGUGGAACAGGAAAGCCAACCCCCUGUUAGUCACAACAACAACGAGCCCGCUUUCCCCAUCAAACAGAGGGAUAUGUAUGAGCAUUACCUCCUGCUCAAGUCCAUUAAGAACGACAUGGAGUGGGGUUUGCUGAAGAGGGAGAUGGGUGGCAGUGCCAGCUUCCUGGAGAUGGCUGUGAAGCAGGAGGAGCCACAGCAGCAGGUGAAGGGAGAUGCUGAGGACGGUUCAGACCUAGAGGGCCAAUUCCACUUCCACCUCCGUGGACUGUUUGCUGUUUUAUCCAAGCUCACGGUCCAGGCAGAUCACCUCACAAAUCGUUACAAGCGAGAAAUUGGUGGAGGUAGUCUGUUGAGAUAGGAGUGUUUUUCCUUCUGUAGUAUUGUGGACAAUUCUCAAACUGUUGGAAUGUGUAUUGAUGGGGCAUAGCAGUGGACUGAAAGGGCUGUAGAUUCCUCUCCGCAAUCAUAAGGGUUUCUUGCCCAAGAGUCUUGGCAGUUACACCAACUCUUUGGUUCUUUCCAGAAGUUAAAGUUAAAUGGCUAUGGGAGUAUUUAGUCUUAAAUCUGACCGUUUCAGCAGAGCAUCCAUCUGUUCUGAAAACCCUUAACGUGUCAUUCAAAGCUGAAGAAUUGGAAUGCUGGUAAUUCUGUUCUUCUUAUUAGCCAGAAUUCUAUACCUUCUUAAUCUCCAGCCCAUGCCUUUUUUUUUUUUAAAGAGGGGUAUUUUAUGUGUUAAUGCUGCUCUUGUGCACUUGUCCAUGCAAAAUGGCGUGCCUUCUAUUUCCCACUUACACUGUUCUUUAUGUAUGCUUGUGUGUUGUAUCAAUUUGAUAGGGGCCCAUGUGAGAUUGUAAUGCAACUUUUCAAGUAUGUGUUUUUGUUUGUCCUAAAAGAUUUCAGAUUUUAUAUUGAGCUGUAAUAUAGUGACUUAUUAAAUAAAGCAUUAACUUAAAUUGUCUUGUUAUAUUGACACUGACUUCCUCCUAUGAAUUGCACUACCUUGUUUCAUGUCUAAAUAUUUACGAGAGGGCGGAGUCUGCUAUCUAAUCCUAAAUUGAGCCAGAAAGUGCCCUUAAUCUGGUUUCAUAAGAGCUGCAUCACUCACUUUGUAUAGAAUGAUGGGCGUCUUUACUCGGGCAGGUUUGAGCAUGACUGUGGUUUGUUUGCAACUCUUCAUUAACUAUGUGGUGUUCAACUUGUACUAAAAUGCAAGUUUUCUAUCGCGUUAAUGACACCUAUUCUCAAAUCUAGCAGUUCAAAUUGUAUUGUACACAAAGUGACUGGUCAAGAUUAUUAAUCUAAUGUUUAUUCUUAGGACAGCAUAACUAGAUGGUACUAAUUUGGUUUUGCAAGCUUUUGUGUGUUGACAUUCACUAAUUCAUGGGUGUCCGCUCAUUUCCCUUGCAAAUUAGUGAACUUCCUUUUUGAUAGCCUCAAUAUCUCAUACACCAAGUUUUGACACUAGUCAAGUUAAUGCAUUCAGUUAACCGGUUCUUUCUUCUUAACUGUUAAUGUAGCAAACCACUAUGAACACUUGUUGGAUAGGUGGAAUCUUUGUAACGUUUCCACCCGGAAUCAUUACACUUCAUGACACAUCACUUCCGUACCUGUGAUCAAAUAAUUGAGAGCACCUAAUGCUAUUUGGUGUACAAAACAAGCCCAGCUAGGACCAAAGGGGAUGAUAAUAAACUGUAUCCCAAUAUAAUGUGCAUUUUAAUUACCACAGAAGCAUGUCAAGUAUUGACUAUCACAAAAAUGCUGAAUAUGUUUUUGUCUGCAAGCGCUUUUCAUGUGGAGUUCAAAGUGGCACUUGACACUGGCAUUGACUCCCUGAUGCGACUCCUGAAUGUGAUUUCAUGAUUACUGUAGCAAAGUGCAUAGCCACAGUCUACCAGCAGAUUUAUAUUUGUGGAGGAUUAGAGUUUGAGAUUUAAUGUCUUUUGCAAUUAAUAUGUAACCAAUGGGGAGACUAGUUCUUUCAAUAAAUCUAACUCCU